AUGUUUUGGCUGCAAUGUCAAAGAAAAGUGAAACAAAUUGAUAAUGCAUCAACAAGAUCAAAUCAAGAACAAACUCUGAGCAAAAAUAUUCAAACUUCAUUAGCAUUAAAAAUACAAAAUGGAUCAUUAGAUUUUAGGAAGAUGCAAACAGCUUAUCUGAAAAAACUCAAAUUAAGAGGAAAUCGUAACCCUGGAUUAUUUGCAACAGAAAAUAUAGAUUUAAUUGAAGAAAAUUGGGAAUUGGGAUUUUCUGAUCAACAACUUGAACUUAUUGAAUCUUCAGAGGCAAUUAUUUCACAAAGAGAACAUGAAAUAAAUGAAAUAUCAAAGUCAAUAAAUUCAUUGGUAACAAUCUUUAAAAAUAUGCAAUCCCUUGUGAUUGAUCAAGGAACAUUAUUGGAUCGAAUUGAUUAUAAUGUUGAACAAAUGAGUGUUAAUGUCAGAUCAGCAGCUAAAGUUUUAGAACAACUCACGAAUACAAUAAUAAAAUUAAAAAUUUUAUCCAACAAUGUCUAA